CGGCCGGAGUUAUUGGGCUUCCGGACUUUGGGGUACGUACCUAUUUGUGUGGAGGGGUGGAGGUGGCAGUGGGUGGAUGGUAGCCAGGAACAUUGAAAAGUUAUAAACAAAACCGCCUUUACUUCCCUACUAUAUCUUCUUUCUUACUUACCAUAUACCUGAAGUCCGACAGGAAAACAGCAAAAACAAUGUCCGAAAAAACCUCCGUCCUCUUCGUCUGCCUCGGCAACAUCUGCCGCUCCACAAUGAGCGAAGGCGUCUUCCAAUCCCUCGCCCAGACGGAGCCCUAUACAGACCUCAUCGAUCGCAUCGACAGCUGCGGCACGGGCGCGUAUCAUGUUGGCGAUUCGCCCGAUCGCAGGACGAUGGCGACGCUGAAGGCGAAGGGGGUGAAGGGGUAUAAACAUGCUGCUAGACAGCUCCGCCCCUCAGAUUUCCAAGAAUUCGACUACAUCUUCGCCAUGGACUCCUCGAACCUCUCUGGCACCAAGCGGAUACAACAACUCAAAGCCCCCAAUGGGAAAGCCAAGGUUCUCCUCUUCGGGGAGUACAGCGGGAAUGGGAAGGUGGAGCAGGUCGAGGACCCGUAUUAUGGUGGUGAGGAGGGGUUUGAGGUGGCGUAUGAGCAGGCGGUUAGGUUUGGGACGAACUUUUUGGAGGAGUUGAGGGGGAAGGAGGUAGAUGGGAAGGCGAAGAAUUGAAGAAAGAGGGAGGUUAGAAAGACGGGGGUGAGGCGGCGAGGGAACAUAGAGGAUAUAGAGGAUGCUACCCUCGACCUGCCUCUAAAUCGCAGCUGGACUGACAGUCAGGCAUGGCGUGAUGCAGUUAUGCCUUACCACGUCGUCACGCCAGAUCUGGGGCUUUCUCGUGGCGUCCACCCUCACCAGCAUAGAGCAGGGUGAAAUGGGGGUGCAUUUUGGGGGGGGGGUAUAUAUAUCACCGGAUGCUUUCCAACCACGAGAAGAUACCCCAAGCAAGUUACAAUCACAGCAGAAAUACAUGCAUAAGAUAUACCA